CAAAUUGCUAAUGUCUUCUCAUGAUUUGGUUUUCUUUUAUUUUAUUAUUACUUGACGUGUGCAAUGAUUAUUUUUUGUGUUGCAAAUAAAAUAAAACAAAACAUUGAGUUUUAAUUUGAGAAAAUGGAAGAUGGAAAUGUUGGAGAGGCAUUGUUGAAGAAACAAUAUUACUAUGAGAAUUGUCCUGGUUGUAAGGUGGACAAAGCAAAAGAGCUCAAAACUGAUGUUUCAUUUAGAAAUCUCUUGAACAUAUGGAUGGUUGUUUUAUGCAGUGCUUUGCCGAUAUCAUCUCUCUUUCCUUAUCUAUAUUUCAUGAUAAGAGAUUUCAAUAUUGCAAAAAGAGAGGAGGAUAUAAGUGCUUAUGCUGGUUAUGUAGGAUCUGCAUUCAUGCUGGGGAGAUCUUUGACAUCUAUACCGUGGGGAAUGGUAGCAGAUCGUUACGGUAGAAAACCUGUUGCAAUUAUAGGGAUUAUCUCAGUUAUCAUUUUCAACUCACUCUUUGGCCUUAGCACAAGUUUUUGGAUGGCUGUUACUUCGCGAUUUUUUCUCGGAAGUUUAAAUGGUUUGCUUGGACCAAUGAAGGCUUACUGUUCCGAAAUUUUUCGAGAAGAAAAGCAAGCUCUUGGUCUCUCAACUUUCAGUGCAGCAUGGGGGAUGGGUUUAAUAAUUGGACCAGCAUUGGGAGGUUAUUUGGCUCAGCCAGCAGUGAAAUAUCCACAUAUAUUUCCAAAGGAUUCCUUUUGGGAUAAGUUUCCAUAUUUCUUGCCUUCCAUUUUAAUAUCAGCUUUUGCGGUUGUGGUCGCAAUUGCCUGCAUCUGGCUUCCGGAAACACUACACAACCACCCUCUUGGCGAUCCGCCCACUAAUGAUGUUGAAGCUGUAGAAAGUGGAAGCAAAAAGAAAGACAAAGAUAUGAUAAUUCAAAAAGAUGAAAAUCUCUUCCUAAACUGGCCUUUAAUGUCAUCUAUAGUUGUGUACUGCAUUUUCUCACUUUAUGAUAUUGCUUAUCAAGAGGUUUUCUCAUUAUGGGCUGUUAGUCCUAGAAGGUUGGGUGGUUUAAACUUUACAACUGAUAAUGUUGGUGAUGUUCUCGCAAUAUCAGGUUUUGCUCUUAUUGUUUACCAGCUUUCCCUAUACCCGUCAUUGGAAAGAGUUUUCGGACCUAUAAGAUUUGCUCGCAUCUCCUGGGUGUUAUCCAUACCUCUUUUGCAAAGUUACCCCUUCAUAGCAAUGCUGUCAGGAAUCACACUGUUCCUAGUGAUUAAUAUUGCUUCACUUCUGAAGAAUCUUCUAAGUGUGACCGUAGUUACUGGUUUAUUUCUUAUGCAAAAUAGAGCAGUGGAACAACAUCAAAGAGGAGAAGCUAAUGGUAUUGCUAUGACUGGUAUGUCUAUAUUCAAAGCAAUUGGUCCAGCUGGUGGUGGUGCAGUACUAGCUUGGUCACAAAAACGGAUGCAUGCAUCUUUCCUCCCAGGCACUCAUAUGGUUUUCUUUAUCCUGAAUGUUGCUGGAGGACUUGGAGUGAUAUUGAUGUUUACGCCAUUUUUGACUGAAAAGAAGAAAACACCCUCUGAGCAGUUACACUAAAAUGAACUUUUAAUUAAGGGAUGAAGCAGCUCAAGGUCCUAUGGUGAAGUAGUGUAUUCAUUGGUUUAGAGAUUAUGGCGAUUGUUCACUCCGACUGCAGAGCUAUUGCAGUUGCUUUCUAAAAUGUCUUAGGAAAAUUUCCAAGAGCACUCUGAAAAAUACUAAAAUAGAAUAUAUUGAUCCCCCUUUGCUUCCUAAGUGUCUUAUUUUAUAGUUCAUCGUUGUUUUAACCUAAUGGGCCUCUCCUUGGACGUACAAGCCCAAUUAGUUAUGCUUCAGAGGUCAUGUGUAACUUGUCCGUAUAAGACACAGACCUUUUUAUGCAGAGCACGUGAAGUUGGAGCAUGCGUAGCUCACGUCACUUUCUUUGUACAGGACAGGUGACAGGAAGACCAUGAAACACUUCUAUGGAGGACCACAACUUUCACCUGAGUAGUAACUCGAGAUCCAAAUAACUUGCAUAGUUGAAUUGAAGGAGGAGCCUAAUAUGACUCGAACGAUCAAGCUUAGUUUGAUAUACUGGAGGUGGAUUUCAACGUGACUUGAAUGAUCAAGCUGAGCUUGACAUGUUGGAGGCGGAGCUCACCGUGACUUGAAUGAUCAAGCUAAGUAUGCCAUCAAUCCUUCUACAACUCACAAGGGUGAGAUGGUUGUACUAUUUGUGAACUAUUUGCAGUAUUGUUUUGUACUAUUUGUGUGGUCAUUUUGGGGCCUGACUAUGUUACGCUAUACUUUUGUAUGAUUCGUGACUCUUUUUACUCGUGGUACCCGAGCUGAGCUCCGUCGUACAUCAACUAUAGUAUUUAUGAUGAAUGCCCUGUUGGUAUUUGAUA